AUGCCAGAGCGGGGACUGCGGUGGGGGUCUGGCUACUACGCUGCUGAGAGCCACACCAAUGAAGUGUACGUGGAAGAAGUCCCCCCCGAGCCUGCCCUGGACUACCGCCGAGUGCCCCAAUGGUGUGCCACGCUCAACAUCCACCGUGGAGAGGCCACCUGCUACUCGCCCCGGGGGGGUUCCUACCGCAGCAGCCUGGGGACACGCUGCGAGCUGAGCUGCGCCCGUGGGUACCGGCUGGGGGGGGAAAUCCGGUGCCACGUGCUGCCGGCGGUGCUGCGGGGCUCCUACGUGUGCUCAGCCGGCGUGCAGAUGGAUUCCCGCUGCGACUACAGCUGCCUGCCUGGCUACCAGCUGGAGGGCGACCGGAGCCGCAUCUGCAUGGAGGAUGGGCGCUGGAGUGGGAGCGAGCCAAUCUGUGUAGAUAUGGAGCCUCCCAAGAUCCGCUGCCCGGACCCGGCAGCGCCCACCGUCUACUGGGACCCCCCCCGCGGGAAGGACUCCGCUGAUGGCAUCAUCAAGAGGGUGAUGCUGCGGGGUCCAGAGCCCGGCUCCGAAUUCCCCGAAGGAGAGCACGUGAUCCGCUACACCGCCCACGACCAGGCAUACAACCGAGCCAGCUGCAAGUUCAGCAUCCGCGUCCAAGGUGAACAAGCCGCCUGUGGGCUGGACCUCCGUCACGUCACCACCAUCGAGCUGGUGGGACAGCCCCCGCACGAGGUGGGACGCAUCCGGGAGCACCAGCUGUCCCUUGGCAUCAUUGAAGAGCUCAGGCAGUUCCUGCACCUCACC